AAUUAUUUCUUCAAGGUGAAACAAUACGACCUGGUAUUCUGAUUCUUAUUAAUGACGCAGAUUGGGAAUUGACUGGAGGCCUUGAUUAUACAUUAGAAUCUAACGAUAAAAUAGUGUUUAUAUCAACUUUGCAUGGUGGUUGAAAAACAAUGGCUCGAUUAUGCUUCCGUGGUAUUAAAAGCAUCAUGUCCCAUAGUGAUCAUAUCACACCUCCUUUAGUUUACUGUGGACAUAACACUGUUUUUUCAAAGAAAGAAUGUUUUUCUAAUAGUCAAACAAAAACUGCUGAAGUAGUUGAUGUUACAGAACUUGCAGAUAAAAUACAAAUGAAAAUGAGUCAUUCUUAUCAUCCCAUACCAUUGCAAAAUAUUGCACGAAUUCUACAGACCUUUUAUGAUUUGAAGAGUUUUGGAAAACCUGAACUUGCAAAGGGUGCAGCUUAUAAUCGGGACACAGAUAGGAAUAUCCCAGAUAAUCUAACAGGCAGUAGUAUGCCUAUGAGAAAAGAUACCGGAAUUGAUCGACUGCUAAGACAUUUUGUUCAAAUUGAGAACAGUUUGAUCAAAAAUGUUCAGUUAUCAUCUGAUGAAGCAAAAUCAUUGAAUACUUCUAAUGUUAUAGAUUUGUUACAUGGGAGUCUAGGAUUUGGCACAAAUGUGAUUGUUCGGUUUAUGAAAAUGCAUCCAGAGAUUUUUGGAAUUAAUGUGCAGGAGUUGGAAAAGAGGAUUGAUAAUUUGAGAUCGCAUGGUCUUAGAGAAGGAUUCCUGCAAAGGAGCAUCUCGCAUACACCCCAAUAUUUAACAAUGCCUAUUUCCAAGAUAAUUUCCAUGAUUAACUUGCUAAUUCAUGAUUUGGACUUCACAGUGAAGGAGUUACCGGAACUCUUCCUAUUUGCGCCACAAAUAUUUCUUGAUCCAUUCAAAGACACUGAAGAAAAGUUUCAAUAUAUAUAUUUCACUAUGGGGUACAAAAAACAUUACGUUUUAGCAAGGCAUGGAAUUCUAAGAUACAGCCUCAAACAUAUUAAAGAAAGACACUUGUUUCUUGAACGCAGAGGACAGUUUCAACUGACAGAUAAGAAUCGUAAAACGACUAUCGAAAAUCCAAACUUGAAAUACAUGAUUUGCCACUCAGACUUGAAGUUCUGCAGUGAAGUUGCACUUUGUCCGCUCGACGAGUUCAUUAUAUUUAAAGAAAUGUUGGCAUUGGAAGACACACUACGUAAAAAGUCAAAUGCUCAGGAUUUCAGCAGUAAUAAAGAUUUUGCUGAUAAAUUAAUUGCAGAGAUGACCAAAUGAUUUUCAAUCAGGUUUUGUUUUCCGCUUUUUGUUCUAAUGCAAUUGUAGUACUUGCAAGGGUGAUCUUGAUACAGUUGGUCCAAAUGCAAUAUGGAAUGGAAAAAAAAUUGAUACUUUUGAACCCUUUAAUGUGAGUUGCACAUGAUUGCCAGACACUGUCUCCACUUGUUUCAACUAAGACUGACUAGUGUCAAUUCUCUAGAUGACGAUCAUUCCCGAAAUAUGUAUCAUGUUCAUACAACCACUUAACACAGUAUGUUCAGCAAAAUAAACAUGAAUAUUAA